AGCCCCUCCCCGCCGUCCUUUCUUUCUCCCCUUUUCCCUCGCGGGAAGUUUGCCUGACGUCGCCGUCCUCGUCUCGCGCCUCUCGCGCGCUUCCGCCUUCCCUCCCCUCCCCGGCUUGGUAGCUGCUGUUGGUGGAGCCGCCGCCACCGCAUCCGGGUCCUGGCGCCGCUCGCUGUCACUAUGGUCAUGGCGGAGGGGACGGCUGUGCUGAGGCGGAACAGGCCGGGCACCAAGGCCCAGGAUUUUUAUAAUUGGCCUGAUGAAUCUUUUGAGGAAAUGGACAGCACACUGGCAGUGCAACAGUAUAUCCAGCAGAAUAUAAGGGCUGACUGUUCAAACAUUGACAAAAUUCUUGAACCUCCAGAAGGACAGGAUGAAGGCGUUUGGAAGUAUGAACACUUAAGGCAGUUCUGUCUUGAGCUCAAUGGCCUUGCUGUUAAGCUUCAGACAGAAUGCCAUCCAGACACCUGCACACAGAUGACAGCAACUGAGCAGUGGAUUUUUCUGUGUGCGGCCCACAAAACUCCCAAAGAGUGUCCUGCCAUCGACUACACCAGACACACAUUGGAUGGAGCUGCUUGUCUUUUGAAUAGCAAUAAAUAUUUCCCAAGCAGGGUUAGCAUAAAGGAAUCCUCCGUAGCCAAACUAGGAUCAGUCUGCCGUAGGAUUUAUAGAAUAUUUUCACAUGCAUAUUUUCAUCACCGUCAAAUAUUUGAUGAAUAUGAAAAUGAAACCUUCUUAUGUCACCGAUUCACCAAAUUUGUGAUGAAGUACAACUUGAUGUCAAAGGAUAACCUGAUCGUACCAAUUUUAGAAGAAGAGGUGCAGAAUUCAGUGUCUGGUGAAAGUGAAGCAUGAUGAGUAUCGUGGACUGAAAUGAACACGUAAUUAACAUUAUGUACUGUACAUACAAUUUUAGAAACUUCAAUCAUGUAUCCUUAGAGCUUUGUUUAGUAUACUUUUGUAUGCUGUGUGCGUUGCCUCUUAAUAUGGAAAAUGGUUUAAGUUAUUCAUGGGCUGUAUAUUCAAUGUGGCACUCAUGGUUUUUUAAAUAAAAUUAGAAUGAUCUGUUUAUACUGCCUGUUAAUAAAAGAAUUUACAGUUCUGUAAAAUUGCUGCUAAACAAUCAUUGGAUCACAAUCUCCAAGCUUUGUCUAAUUUAAAGCUGAAGCUUUUCAUACUAAUGCAGUUGGGACUUUAGUUUGUUUAAUUUCAGAAAGAUGCAAGUCCAGUUAAUUCCUACAUUGUCCUUUUUUAUAGAAAACAGAAUUAUUUUUGUUCCCAAGUUUGGCUUUUGGGUUUGCUCAUCUAAUGUACUAAACUAUUGUAGUAUGUGUACAUCCUAUUAUUCAUUAUUACAGUGUUAAUACCAAAAGGACAAUUUUUGUGUUGCUGCCAAAAGUGUAUUUUAGAAGUAUUUGUUUCUCUCUGGACUUGCCUUUCUGCAUCAUUGGAGGCUUGUGUAUAUCACAGCAAGUCAUAUGUUCAGUCCCUUUAAGUCCAUUUUAAGGUUCCCCUCCAUGUUUCCCUAUCUGCAGUUCUUACUAGUGGAUAAAAACAAUAUCUGUUCCCUCUUGCCUACAGUAACGUACUGUAGCUUAUACUUGUGCAUAAUUAUGGUAAUUGCUUACAGAUUAUACCUCGCAUUAAACAUUUGUUACACUACAGCAGUGUGUGCCAAAAUAAUCUUUCUCACUUGUAGCAAAAAGGUUCCAUGUACUUGGAACUUUGAAUCCUACCCAUCAUGUAUAGCUAGUUUGUAUCUUUCUUAAAUCCAAACAAUAUCUGCUUUUGUUUCAGUUAACUGAAUACCACCUAUAUUUCCCUAAACCUAAAUCUGUUACUUUAAAUAGCAUUUUAAGGUCUACAUUAGAGUUAAGGUUCCAAGAGAACUACUUAAUGGAGUUUGAGCUAUUUUUAAUGCUGUAGUACAGAUUAUUUUUUAAAAAGAACUAUGGUAGGCUUUGUUACAUGGGAUGUACAUGAGUGCAGAUAACUACAAGCAUGAGCACCAUUGUUACAUCAGACUUUUUGCAAUUAGUGUAUAGUCCUUUCCUAUUAAAAACAUCAACAGGUGUCCUCUUCAUCUGUUCAAAUAGAUAUGUUUUGGGUUUCACAUGGCCAUGUUAGCUUCACCUGAUUUGCUUCCUGUUAAGGAUUGCUCAUUGACUGGGAGUUAAACUGUAAAAGUUGUUUCUUUCUAUUUAUCAUGAUGUUUCAGACUAUGUAGUAGACCUGCCUUAAUUUCAUAUAUGACAUUUCAAAUUUGCGAUCUCAGAGCAUAGCCAGUGUGAUACAGUAUAAAGUUAGUCAGAAAGUUAAGGCUGAGAGAGACUUGGAUCUUUAGUAGGUUGUCUUAGCUGGGAGGACUAUGCUGGAAGUUCUUCAGUGGGUUAAUACAGUUCUGUCCCUUUUAGCUGCUCUUAUUUUCUACAUGAAUAUGGUUUUAAUGGAUAACAGGGUCAUCACAUCAGAUGGUUCUAAGCAACAGUAGUUGUAUUAUCACACCCACAUAUACGUUGAGGUAUAACUUGGGCAGUGAUCUGAUUGAUACCUCAAAGCAUGGUGCUGAGGAAUUGCAUUUCAGAGACAGCAGGAUACAAUUGAGUUUUGUGAGAAUUGACUUGGUCCCUAUAUCCUCCCCCAGUCAGAAGAUUAACAGUCUUGUUAUCCAUUUCUAUGGAAAUGUGUUAUGCUUAAGGCCCCAAUAACGUCUUAAUGCAUCUUGUUUUUCAAAUACAUGCCUCUGAAAUAGUUGAUCUUAACAAAUAAUUUCAAUUGUGCUUCACUGUAAACUUCAUAUAAUCAGAGUUAAGUAAAUAGUCUAACUGGGACACUUGCUUGUAACUUUUCCUUAAUGCUGUUGACUCAAGUACCUCUGAUAAUGUGUCUGCACAUGUGCCUGCCUGAUACUGUAGAACUUCAGUAAGCUUAAGUGAACUAUUGACUUUGUAUGGUAAAUAUAUUGAAGGUUUAACUUGCAUUCUGCGUUAAUAGGGAAAUUGAGCUAUGUUUUGUUUUUUGAAUUACAUUGUAAAAAAUUAGAGGUUGCAAUUAAAUUUUUUUCUUUUUCCUUACCA